UUCUUCCAAGAGAUUAGUCCGCAACAAAUCAAAGUUGCAUCGCCUGGAGACACAGGAGAGACUUGUACCUUCACAGACGAGUCAGGCUUGAUUUCUCUCCUGUGGCGCGCGCGACGGAGCCAGGGCUCAGGAGUUCUAUUUGGAGCAAAUCGAUAAAAUGAUCCCGAGGUGAGGUGACAUCACAUCGUGUUCAUCAGUGCUGCUUGAAAAACUUUUUGUGUAGAGGAAGCUCCUAAGAAGUACAAAAUGAAUGGUGCAACAAUCAACCCACUGACCCUCACCCUGCUCUUGCUUAUGCCCUCGAUUUCGAGCCAACAGGUCCCUGCUAACUGUGUGAUCAAGAGGGAGCAGGAGAAAUGCAUGGAAAUGAUGGCCUUGGAAUACAAUAAUCCAGAAUUCGACUGCCCGUGGCUUUGGGACAAUCUGACGUGUUGGCAGCCUGCCAGGCUUGGAGAGGUGGUUGAGGUCAACUGUCCUGAACUCUUCUCUCAGUUCAUGAGUGAAGAAGACUAUGAACUGGGAAAGGUUAGUCGUAAUUGCACUGAGUUUGGUUGGUCAGAUAUCUUCCCCCACUACAUGGAUGCCUGCAUGUACAAUGAAGGAAACAACAGCCACACUGACAUGUAUUAUGUGUCAGUGAAGGCUCUGUACACUGUGGGCUACAGCACCUCUUUGGUCUCUCUAACCACAGCCAUGGUCAUCCUGUGCAGGUUCAGGAAGCUGCACUGUACCAGGAACUUCAUCCACAUGAACCUCUUUGUGUCAUUCAUCUUGAGAGCUAUUUCUGUCUUCAUCAAAGACGGCGUGCUGUAUGCGAAAGAGGACAGUGAGCACUGCUUCAUACACACUCUCGAGUGUCGAGCAGUAAUGAUAUUCUUCCACUACUGCGUCCUUUCUAACUACUUCUGGCUCUUCAUCGAGGGGCUCUAUCUCUUCACCUUACUGGUGGAGACCUUCUUCCCUGAGAAGAGAUACUUCUAUUGGUACAUCAUAAUAGGCUGGGGAACCCCAACAGUGUGUGUGACCAUCUGGGCGGUGCUGAGGCUGCACUUUGAUGAUAUAGGCUGCUGGGACAUGAAUGACCACGCUGCCAUCUGGUGGGUGAUAAAGGGACCUGUGCUGGCUUCAAUUAUGGUCAACUUUGUGCUGUUCAUUGGCAUUAUCAUCAUCCUGGUUCAGAAAUUGCAGUCUCCAGAUAUCGGUGGAAAUGAAUCCAGUAUUUACCUGAGGUUGGCACGUUCCACUCUGCUGCUGAUUCCUCUGUUUGGGAUCCACUACACUGUGUUUGCCUUCUCCCCUGAGAACGUCAGCAAGAGGGAGCGUCUGGUGUUUGAGCUCGGCCUCGGAUCCUUCCAGGGCUUUGUGGUGGCCGUCCUCUACUGUUUCCUGAACGGAGAGUAUAUCCCUCAAGGUGCAAUCGGAGAUCAAGAGGAAAUGGCGCAGCUGGACGGUGAACAGGUACUUUGCUGUGGACCUGAAGCACCGGCAUCCUUCGCUGGCGAGCAGUGGGGUGAACGGGGGGACGCAACUGUCCAUCCUGAGCAAGAGCAGCUCGCAAAUCCGCAUGUCCAGCCUGCAGGCCGAGACCCCGGCCACCUGAGCGCCACCGGUGGGGACGCCAAGUCUGAUGACGACGCUGCCGCCUCUGUCCCUGACGCCGCCAAACCUACCAUCCUCCCGAUGACCAGCCUCACCAACCCAUUCCUCAACCCCUACCCUAACCCAUACCCUGAUGAAACCAUGAUGGAAACCCAGCUCACCUCCAGCGACCUAGAACAGCCUCUAGUCUGAGCCUGCAUCUCCUGGAAAUAUGACCAAACCUGAAUGUCAGGUGCCAAAUAUUGAAUGAUACAUUCAGGUUCAGCCUGAAGCUUCACUCUCCUGUUUCCUGAACACCGUAAAAAAAGGCAUGUGUGCAGGUUGAAACAGUCUUCUCUCUGUAUAUAUCAUAUUGGUGUUCAGAAUUGUCUAGUGUUGCAGUAUUUGCAGUACAGCACAGAGGGACCAAAGAGCUCUACAGUACAGUAUGUAUCUCCUCACACUGAUCAUUCCAGUCUGUCUGAGGACACUUUGGUCCUAAACGUUCACAUUUUUCUCAAGAUGUAUUUUAGACAACUUUACACUUAAUUCCUCUUUAAAUGCGAAUACGAGAAAUGGUGUAACUGAAGAAAGACUGGUCUCUUUGAUGUAAAUAUUUUAAUGGGACACUCCACUGGAUUUAAACAUGAAGAUUAGUUUCCUCUUAGCUUGUCCUCUGUGGCUGAAGUUUGUCUCAACUUGGACUUUAGAUUUUUUUUAUCACAAAGAAUGUGUCUGAAACUGUGGGGAUGUGUGUGAAAGAGGAGAUUCAAGUGAAAAAAAAAUCUUGCAUUACAUUAUAGGACAUCAGCACUUAGAUUCAGGAUAACUGCUGCAGCUGCUCCAGUUUUAGCCAAUCUUUUUUUCAGUUUGUCUCAUGUGGGUCUCCGUAAUCAACAUAAAACUGCAGCGCUAAACAGCUUGAGUGACCUUUCAAAAGAAUCUGUACACUUUACACCUUAAACAGGAAUGCAUAUCUCUUUUUUCACCUCUUUGUCAGUGUUAAUGACUGAAGUAUAAACCCUAAGGCAGACCCAGCUAGUUUCAUUAGCUUCAUAGCUGGACCCAAAGCAAUCCCUCCUUAGUCUGCUCUGCUUCACUGCAUAUAAAGCGCUGAAAAAUCUGUCCAUUUUUUCCCCCUCUCAACUACUGCAGUACCCUUGAUGCACAAACAGUGACUAUAUGUGAAAGCCUGGCAUUAUUAUUACCAGUCUCAGCUGUGACUGAUUUAAAAGAAUAUAAAGGAUGUUGAAAUCAAGCUCACUAAGGAGUGUCACAGAGAAAUAUUACCAACAGGAGAAGACUGAAAAAUCAGUAUUAACUAGAUUAUUAGAUGGACAUACUUCUAUGUAAUAUACCAAAAAAAGUAAAAAAAAACAAAAUGUUGAACUUCAGAUGUGUGCAGAGUGCUGAGGUUUGCUGAAUACGACCACAAACAGACAUCUUUUAAAUCUCAGCACUGAAAGGUCUGAGGAGAAGACACUUAUGCAGUCAGUACAUCUGUAGUUUUAAAAGCCGGUAGUACAGAAAAUGUCAAUGAAAAUGAAGACAUGACUGAAGUGUCAUGAGUUCAGUUGCUUGCAUGAAAUGACAUUUUAUUGUCCAUGUGGGUGUUUUGUGAAAAUUCAGUGUUCCAAUUGGAUGGUUUUCAAUGUUUAUCAGGCUGCUGUGGAGACAGUGUACUCUGUGUAUCUCCCCCGCAACCUCCUGCAGGAAGUCCCAACACUCUACUGGUCUAAGUGGAGGUGUAGACUGUGAGCAACAUCACAGCACUUCUUUUUUUGGGGGGCUAAAACCUUCGUUUGUUUGUUUUUCCCUGACAAAGGACCUUUUAAAAAAAAUCAGUUUGAAUCAUUUUGAUUAAUGAGGGGUUCUUCUCCUUCGCAGGAGCGUUUUGUUUCUGAUGCUGUUUGCUUUCAUUCUGCUUAAAAACAAGCACAGUGAGGUGGAUGUUACCUUUACCAAGAUGGUAAUUUUUUUUCUUUCCAAAGACAAACGAGUAUUUGCACGGCCGUAUCUGUUUGCAAAGUUUGCUUUGCAAGUGAUGUCACUGCAGAUUUUUCCUUUUGGUCCGGCUCAGCUAUCCUCUGAAUCCCAAUGUUUGACCCUACUUUGUGUCUCCAAAAAGUGCCUUUAAGCACAAAUUUUGACUUCUGUUGAUGAGUUCAAAUACAAGAUUUGUCUUUUCAAAAAACGAAACUGCAAAGAGAAGGGUUCUACAAAGUGCUUUUACAAUGCUUAAGACUAAUUUGAACCCUGGAGGCCUUCAAAGUCCUUAAAACAUCUUUAAGGAUAAGCAGAGAAUACGACCAAUUAGUGUUGUCAUUAAAACAGUGCUACAGUAUAAUGACUUCUAAACACAGGGGUCAGUGUCCAAUGCACUACAUCACAUGUACAUAGUAAUAAACGUUCUUCUGUUUUUGUACUGUGGGCACUUUUCCCUUUAUGGCGGAAACAUGAGAAAUUAUCGGACAGCAAAAGUUCUCAUGAAGAUUUUUCUUUCUUUUCUUAUUUUUAAAUAAAAAAAUGACACAUAUCUGCUUUAAAAACUUAAACUCUAAACAUUAAACAAAUGGCAAAUGUCUGAACUGUAUCAAAAAGACAAACUGGGUCUUUAAAGCUCAAAUAUGGACUAAAUUAUUUGAUUAGCAUAAUACAUUUUUGCUAAUU